AUGUCGUCCAAGUACAAGGGCAAGGACAGCGGCGUCGCGUUGACCUUCAAUGGCCAAUGGGUCAGCUGGUUGCACACCACCGUAGCUUACAGUGCAUUCAUCAGCGCAUUCAUCGUCGGUGUUUCGCUGCACUACCACAAGAUUGUCCAGAAUGAGUGGUAUGGAUAUCCCGAAGAGUGGUUUCCCUCCGUCUCGGCGACCAUUGGCGACCGAUACCCCGAGCGCUCAUUCUACAUGUUCUUCAUCGCCAUCACCUCAGGCCCGCGCUUCGCUCUCGUCGGCUUGUGGUAUCUCCUGACGAGGAGACCCGGCCAGACGCUGCCCAAGUUCACCUUCGCAAUGGGCAUCCUGCGCACCGUCAUGUGCGGCGGGUUCACCUACGUCACCUCGACCGACGACCACGACUGGCACGACAUCUUCAUGAUCUCCUACAUUGUCGCAUCUCUGCCCUGGACCAUUGGCUGCGUUCUGCUGAGCCCGCCGAACCCCCAGGCGAUCAAGUACCGCAAAUGGAUUGCCUCGUCCUUCUUCGGAACUCUGGUGCCCUUGAUCUACUUCUUCAUCCAACAUAAGGUUCACCGCGUCGCCGGAGCCUACACCAUCUACGCCUUCUUCGAAUGGGCCCUCAUCCUCUUCGAUGUCGCCUUUGACGCCGUCACGGCCCUCGACUUCAGCACUUUCGAAGUGGUCAUCAAGGAUGUCCGGGGAGCUAGCAAGGGGUACGUCCAAUGGCUUCCGAAAUAG